AUGUUCACAGGAAUAGUAGAGCAUACUGGUGUGAUAACUGAAAUUCAACAACUGGAUAAUUCAGAGAGCGGCGGAGGUGGCUGGUCAAUGAAGAUUGGGACUUGUUUGACCGUGACCGAAUUUGAUACUUCAUGGUUCAAGGUCGGACUUGCUCCCGAGACACUGAGAAGAACCAAUCUUGGUGAUUUGAAAGUUGGCAUGAAAGUAAAUUUAGAAAGGGCAAUUGCGGCCAACGUAAGAUUUGGUGGACAUUUUGUGCAAGGACACGUUGACACAACUGCAACGAUCUUAUCAAUUACUCCCGAGGGAAAUUCCCUUUGGUUCAGAUUAUCAUUGGCUGAUCCAUCUUACCUACGCUACAUCAUCCCAAAAGGUUACAUUUGUUUGGAUGGUACCUCUUUGACGGUGUGCGAGGUAAACGAUGAAGAACGUUGGUUUAGCAUCAUGUUGAUCGCUUACACUCAGGAUCAUGUUAUCUUGCCUUCUAAGCAAGUUGGGGACAAGAUAAACGUUGAGGUUGACAUGUUGGGUAAAUAUGUUGAGAGAAUUGUAGAACCAAUGCUUUUGGGUGAUCAACUACACGGCGGCGGCUACAUUGAGAAAUUAGUAAAGAAAUUUUUGGAGAAUAAAUGA